ACCGCCGAGUCGAGUCCCGUGGUAACUGAGAUUCAGCUUGCUACUGAAGACAGGACGAACUGUACACUAAUAAUGGACGAUUCCGUUAACUUGUCCCGUAAAGUCGUUGCAGUCGCUGCCGGUGAAGCUCACACUCUCGCUCUCACAGGGGAUGGCAGCGUGUACUCGUGGGGAAGGGGGAUGUUUGGGCGGCUCGGUACCGGUUCAGAAGCCGACGAGCCUAUCCCGGUCAGGGUCAAUUUUGAUUGUGCCGGAAGAUCGACAGAAGAGCGGCUCAGGUUUGUGGGCGUUGCUGCUGGCGCUUAUCACAGUCUUGCUCUUGCAGAUGAUGGAUCUGUUUGGUGCUGGGGUUAUAAUAUCUAUGGCCAACUUGGUGUCGACGGAGAUAAUGCUACAGUGCCAUGCUUGUUGCAGCAUUUCAUUGAGUUGGCCUCUCCUGAUACUCUGACAGAUGAAUCGGAAACAAAGAGUAGAGUGCCACUGAAGGUUUGUUCUGUCAAAGCUGGUGGAAUGAUGUCUCUUGCAAUUGAUAAUCUUGGGGCCCUCUGGAUGUGGGGCAAUUGCCCACAGCAAAGCAGCAGCAGUGAAGGUGGUUUCUUUCUUGUAAGCAGUUUCAUUCCAACUCCUGUCUGGGAUUUCCAUGGCCACAAUGUCAUCAAGGUGGCAUGUGGAAAUGAGCAUGUUGUGGCCUUGGUUAGUGCUGGAGAGACUUAUAAAGGUGAAGACAUAGUGUGCUACUCUUGGGGUAACAACAACCAUGGCCAGUUAGGUUUGGGGGAUAAAGAGAGCAGGCUAAAACCUGAAAUCAUUAAAACUUUUAAUGAAGACUCCCCUUGGGCAGUUUAUGAGGUGGCGUGCGGGGCAUUUCACACAGCUUUGCUCACUCACAAAAAGAAACCAAGUGACACACUAGAAAGUCUGUGCUGGACAUUUGGCAUUGGGGAUAAUGGGCAGCUUGGGCAUGAAACUACACAGUGUGAGCUUUUUCCUAAACCCGUGAAAGGGUUGCCGCAGAAUGUAUACCUGAUCUCUGUCGGCUGUGGCUUGUUUCAUACUAGUGUUGUUUCGUCAGCCGGAGACGUGUGGUCAUGGGGAAUGGAGAGGGGCCUUGGCUUAUGCCCAGAUGCCACUUUUUCUGGUACUGAUCGGGGGGAUGCUCUUUCUCCUCUAUUAAUUUCAUGUAAUGGGCUACAAAGGCCUAAAUUUCAGGAUCCAGUUCAGGUUGCUUGUGGUGCUGCGCAUACUGUUCUCGUUGCACAUGAUGGAUAUAAGCUCUGGUCUUGGGGUCGGGGAAAGAGUGGGGUUCUUGGAAAUGGUAAUACAGCUCAUUGUUUUACUCCCACUAUGGUAUUAUGGCCACCCCUUACGGAAGAUUCCAAACAAGAGGAAUCAAAGACCUCUGAAGGAGUUACAGAAACAGAAAGAAGAUUGUCUUUGGCAAUGGAUGAGAUGAAGCUACUUCAAUCAAAACUUUUUGCAAUGGAACGGUAUGCUAGCGUACUUCAUGGCUCAAUUUUUGGAAAACCUUUUGAAGAAGAAGAUAUUCCAGCCUCAUUGAAGAACUUUGGUACUUUUGACAUUGCAAAGGAAUGGGAGAACAUGUUGGAGGCAGCAGAUCGGGCAAAGCUCAUCAGGCUGGAAAUGUCCUACCGAAAUAUGCUUGCAGGUGUUAAAGACAAGCUAAUGAAGAGAAGGAUCCAGGAGAUUGUAGAGGAGUGUCUUCAUUCUUCUUCAACGGGAUCGAAGUGAUAAGACUAGAAGAGAUGAGUUGCAUUUUAUUCUGAAAAAAAGAUCACGAUACAAAAUAGUUAGUCAAGUGUGCGUGCUAUAUCAUAUGUUUGGUUGGUGGUUACUGCAGCUGUUCAUUACACAAACUCACGGGACUUUGGUACUUCAUAAGCCUAAGAAAAUAUGUGUGAAGAUGAGGAAGGUGGAUUGGCUAGUCCACGUUUGAUUUAUAUGCUUCAGAAUAAAUGGCGUUUU